GGCAGAGGUUUGGGGCCUGUGCCGCCUCCGCCACGGCAAGACACCGGCUUCUCCUCCGCCGGCAACACCGUCUACAAAGAGGAAGCCGACAAGCGACAAUGAUUCCCAGCACUGACCCUUCCCUUUCCCCCCCUCCUUCCUCUUCGUCUUCUUCGUCUGUUCCUUCCGCUGCUCUUCGCUUCCCUGUAAGAUCCGCUCCUCCCAGACAGCAUAAACCCCAAAAUCCAUCAGACAUUCCUCCUCGGUUGGACCGAAUUUCGUCCCUUUCCUUCUCUUCCACCUUGUCCUCUGCCUUCUCCCCCCUCCGCCUCCAUUAUUUGACGGCGGCCCCCCUGUUCAAGGCCGAACUUACUCCCCUUCCCCCCUCUCACUCCAUCUUCAUUCCCUCCUCUGUUUCUCCUCUGCUGCUCGGCACAUGCCCUUCAGCUGUCCGCCGGAACUCGGUAAUUGAAGAAGUUUCUCGGUCCAAAUCUGUUCGUGACUGGCAAUCGGGAUGAGAGCGAAAAGGGGGAAGGACACUUGGUUCAGUAGCCUCUGGCGUCUUUCGUUUAAGGCUCCUGAGGCGGAGAAGGGAGUGAUCGGGAUUUUGGCUUUCGAAGUUGCAGGCUUGAUGUUGAAGCUGGUGAAGUUGUGGCACUGCUUGAGUGAUUUGGAGAUUCUCAAGCUGAGGGAGGAGAUCUCAAACUCGGUUGGGAUCAGGAAGCUCGUCUCCGAAGAUGAAGACUACCUCAUGAAUAUUGCAUUGGACGAAGUGAUCAGAUGCGUGGUAUGUGUCGCGCGGUCAGUUGUCCGGCUCGGGAAGAGAUGCACGGAGCCUGCAUAUCACCGCCUGGAGCAUUUCUUUCUGGACCCGGUCGGGAACAGCCUCGAGUGGUUUGGAUGGGAAUACCGGUGGAAGAAGAUGAACAGGAAGAUGAAGAAGAUGGAGAGAUUCGCGGGCCUUAUGCUUCAGCUGAUCCAAGAAGAGGAAAUACUGCUGGAGCAAGAGCAGACUCUCCGAAGAAUGAAGGUGAAUCCUCGUUCGGAGAAGUUCAAAAUAUGCGAGUUCCAGCAGAAGGUGAUGUUGCAACGACAGGAAGUGAGGAACAUUCGCGAUCUGUCCCCGUGGAAUCGAAGUUACGAUUAUACCGUUCAUCUCCUCACCCGCUCAAUAUUCACGAUACUUGAGAGGUUAAGCUACGCCUUCGGGAUGGACGAUCCCGAUGAUUGUGUUUCUCAGAGCCACUCAUUCUCUGCUAUGAUGCAGUCAUCUGUUCACCCUUCAGAAUAUUGCUACAGUCUACCUGAUCGGGAUCGGAUGACCAAAGCGUUGGCCCACAUGGGACCUCUGAGAGGAAUGGGAUGCAUUCAUGGGGGGAUCGACUCACCGGUGGUACAGAGAUCCGAUUCCACGGUGGGCGAGUCAGCUAGAAGAGCGAGUCAUAUGAGUCGAAUUUAUUCUCGACUCUCUGUCUUCUAUUCGAAUCAUGGUGCGCAUGCGCCCCUAGCAGCCCCACCGCACACACUUGGUGGAGCUGCUCUGGCGGUCCAUUACGCGGAUGUGAUUGUGCUCAUCGAGAAGCUUGCUUCUUCCCCGCCUCACAUGAUUGGUCUGGACGCAAGAGAUGACCUCUACAACAUGCUACCAUUUUCUAUACGAGCUGCCAUUAGGGCAAGGCUGAAGUUCGCUUCCAAGGCCCUCAAGUUGUCCAUUUAUGAUGCUGCCCUCGCCACAGAGUGGAGCACGCUACUAGCACACGUAUUGGGAUGGUUAGCUCCGCUAGCCCAUAACACGAUCAAAUGGCAGAACGAGCAGAAUAUAGAAGAGCAACAAGUGGUGUUGGGGGCCAAUGUUCUUCUCGUGCAGACCCUCUUCUUUGCUGACCGGGCCAAGACCGAGGCAGCAAUCACCGAGCUUCUGGUGGGCCUAAGUUACCUUUCCAGAUUUCAUGAGGUGCUUCCUAGGAAAGAGCAAUGAUCGGUUAAUAGAAUCAGAAGCGGUUUUGAGGGGUAGUGACUCUGUAGCUGUUGGUGGUGAUAUGAAUGGUAGUUCCCCGACUUUGAGGUCUUCCGGUUGUCCGGUUCACUUGUACUAUACUUUCGCUCAUAGUAGAUGCUUGAUUUUUCCUUCCCUUUUCAGCUGAUGAGAAUAAUGUUUCGCUGUAAAGUCAUUACAUGUAAAGCAAAGAACUUUUUCGGCAAUAAUAC